UGUUUACCUCGGAAGUCAAGUCAUGUACCUUUCCCGCGUGAAGUUUGUCAGUCUUGUAAUUCUCAGUGUUGUGUAAAACACUCAAAAAACAUACACAUUCUGGGAUAAUAGUCUACCCAAAGAGAUAGUAAAAAUAAUACCUUCAUGCUACGAGGUGAUCUCGCUCCAGCAGUUGUCAGCAGAGGGUUCCUGCAAGUGGAUCAGGUGGAAAGACAUCCCACAGUGGAAUAGUCUAGAGUAGGAGGGGAAAAAAGAGAUAAAAAUGUCCUUAACUCCAGCCAUUUCUCCUGUCCUAUUCUUGGACUGUAAAGGAGAGCCGAUGCGAUUCUACAUACGGCCGGGUCCUGCGAAAGCCAGACUUCAUGAUGUGAUCACGGCUGGGGGUGGGUUUCUAUGCCGGAUCCGGGAACCUGAUGCCAUUCUGCUGGCAGAUCCAAAGGAUUUGCUGGGCAUCUCAGACAAGGGCGGACAUCUCUAUGUCUCUACCCAGUACAUUUGGGACUGUGUGGAGAAGAACCAGCAGUUAGAUGAGAUGAACUACAGGCUGAGCACCACACCCAAGAUCCAGGCAAGGUCAUUGCGAUCUAAAGAGGGGACGGUUGGACGAAUGAGCUACACAGCAGCGGAGGACGAGGCCAUUUUGAACUACGUGUCAGAACGUCGGACAGAGGCGCGAGGCAACGGUGUGUGGCAGCUUAUGGAAAAGCUGAAGAUUACAUCCCACAGCUGGCAGUCCAUGAAAGACCGUUAUCUCAAACACUUGAGGGACAGGCCAGCAAAGGUGAAGAUAGGUCCGCUGGAGUUUGUGUCGUCCGUGCCUAAACCUCAGAAAGGUACUGAACAGCAAGUGCUGUUGGAGAGCGACAUCCCCGUUAAGUUAUCUGAGAAUGAGCCUGACGCCUUGUCUAGGGCUGAUCCAACGGUAGUCCCAGGGGCAGCAGGUGAUCAUCAUCCUUCAGAAGAGAGGUCUGAGCACCCUGCUGAAGAGGCAGCGGAUCGAGACGGAGUUGCAGCAGCUCCCGCUACAGAACAACAGACUUCUGGAGAGUUCCUUGAGGGAGACAUGGUAGCAGUGCCAGAGGAUGACCACAGAGAAUCAUCUCCUAAAAGAUCCAAACUCCAUGCAGGUGAAGGGGAUGGAAAUCGAGGGACGAGUGGACCUGGGAGUGAGGUGACUUCUAAAGCAGGAGGUCUUCAGUCAUCAAAGUCAUCUACACCAAUGAAGAGGAGGCUGGGUAUUCUUGACCAGGCAGUGAGAGAGUUUCGUAAUUCCCUUUGGAAUGAAGACAACAGCCCUCCUCAGACGAUCCCCUCGGACCCUUCACAGUCAGACAGUGAGACUGAGAUGUUUCACGAGGCUCGGGAACGGCAGGAGGCUGAUAUACGUCCACACCAGAAGAAAAGGACGGAAUCUGAGUGCACUAGUCAGGCCAUGCCCGCGGAGGAUGGGGAGGCCACCAAGACUAGUAGUGCAAAGCUAAGUUCCUGCAGGAGCCACCUGUUCCUGUUUGAGGGUGAGUCACAAGAGGAUGACUUCAGCCAGGCCUCACAGGAAGAAGGCUGCGCUUCACACCCUGUGGAUUUGGAGGGAGAAAGGCUAGUCUUGGGCUUGAUGAAAGAUUGCAGUAAGAACCUACUUGAAGUCACUAAAGCACUGCUAAAGACAAGUGGUGAUGUUGCAUUAGCACAGCAGCACCUUCUGCAGGGGACAUUACCUACACCACUCUGGAGUCAGAAGGAGGACCAGCGUCUGCUGUCAGCAGAUCCAAUCUAUAAGUGUCGACUGCAGGAGAAGUAUGGAAAGGAGGGGGUGUCUGCCAGAGUCUCUUUUCUACAAGCAGAAUGACUUGGAAUCAGCUAUGUUCAAAAUCUUCAAAAUAAGAAUUAUAUUUUAAUUAUAUCUGUCAGUUUUAAAUGGUUCUGCUGAAUAAUAAACGGAGGC